ACGGAGAGCACGACGAGCUCUACGCGCAAGUACCAACAAUUUCAGCUUUGAGUCUCCUUAGGGAUUUCGAAAUUGGAGACCCAUUUUAAGGGUUUUGCAUCAAUUUGAGAUUUAAACAAACCUAGACUGGUGGGGGAAAAAAAAAAAUAGUAAUUGUGAGUGAAACGACGGGGUGACUAUGGAGGGAAGGAAGGUUAUUUGACUUGUGGUGCACGUGCGUUGCAUAAAAGGUGUUUCUUUCAGAGAAACGGUGUCGCAGAUACUAACGCAUAAAUGUGGUAAGGGUUGGUUAAACUAGCGAGUGUGGUACACAGACGUCAGUUCAGCUCAGCUCAGCUCUCUUAAUAAAUCUGAAGAGAUGAAUUCGGUGAUAAGCAAUUCCGGCAGCUACACUAUUCGUUCUUCCAUUAUAAUUUCAAGCUUCAAUCAAACCCAGAGAGCCAGUCACGGAAAAUACAAGGUGCCUACCAAGACGCCCAAGAGGUCCUCUUUGGUGGAUGAAAAUGUUGAGGAAGAUGUUACGUCUUUGUCCAAGACUCAUCGGAGUUCACACUUUGAAUUUAAGACAUUUCUGCCUGCCAUUGCAGCGGCAAAUUUGGCUGUGACACACUCAGCAAAGGCUUUGAACACUGGGAUUUUUGUGGAAGGAGCUGCUUCUGUUUAUUCUUUAGCAGAUGGAAGCCUAGGAGAUUCGUUUGGAGGCUUUUUAUAUUCAGCAGGACAACAGGCUAAUGAUGCUGUUCAAGACCAGUUAUCAGCUCUCAGUUUUACUAGUUUGGCAGUUAUAUUUGGUGCGGGUCUUGUAACUAGUCUUUCUCCUUGUACGUUGAGUGUUUUACCACUGACUCUUGGUUAUAUUGGAGCAUUUGGCUCUGGGAAAAGCAGAGGAGAGGUCAUUGGGGACUCAGUUGCAUUUUCAUUGGGAUUGGCAACUACACUAGCAGUCCUUGGCAUAGCAGCUUCAUUUGCUGGGAAGGCAUAUGGACAGAUAGGUCAGGGACUACCUGUGGCGGCUUCUGGUUUGGCUGUAGUCAUGGGUCUAAACCUCCUAGAGAUAAUUGAGCUACAACUUCCCUCAUUUUUCGACAACUUUGAUCCUCGUGCUGCCGCUGCUAAUUUUCCUUCAAGUGUGCAAGCAUAUUUGGCUGGGCUUACAUUUGCAUUAGCCGCCUCACCUUGCAGCACACCUGUGCUGGCCACCCUGCUUGCAUAUGUAGCAACAUCCAAGGAUCCAAUAAUAGGGGGCAGCUUACUGUUGACAUAUACAACUGGCUAUAUUGCUCCUCUACUUCUCGCAGCUUCUUUUGCAGGGGCAUUGCAGAGGCUGCUUUCAUUCCGGAAGUUCUCGGCAUGGAUUAACCCAAUGAGUGGCGCGCUCUUGUUAGGUGGGGGUGUUUAUACUCUGUUGGAUAGGCUUUUCCCAUUGACAAUGGUGAUGUAGAAUCUUCAUAGUAAAUUAUGCAGCAAGAACCUCAAUAUGGGAGAAGAAUCUCCGAAUGUCAGCGGUAACACUGUUCAUCCUCUUUUCUCAUUGUAUUGGUCAUAUGACACCCAUAAUAGAAAUGCACAAGUUAAUAUCAGUGUUCCACUAAGCCACUUCAGUGCAAGGUAGAAAUUAGAUACACAGAUUUGCUUGAACCUUAUGGUCAAUCAUACAAGGGUACUCAUUAACAAUUUCUGUAAAAUGUAAUGUGGUUGACAGAUAAGUUGUAUAUUGUUAAUUUCAGAAUAUGAGUUUACACAGUCUUCAAAAA